AUGCGGCCACCACUAGCUGCUUUGAAGCGAUCAGCGCCAAACUGGAACGACAAAGAUGUCACCCAGCAGUUCAACGCGCACAACGACGUGGCAUUUGCACGGGACUGGGAGGCUUGCAAACGGAAGUUCACGUUCCUCAAGUCGGUGAAGAAACCAACUGGUGACCCCAACUGUCCACCACUCGUCGUCCGAGCCAAGCGCAUUCAGCAUGACAUCGACAGUCGUGCGGCGGUCGAGAUUGACGUCACCGACAACAUCAUUUUCAAGGAAGAAAUUGACACAAGCCAAUCGCUUCUUCCUCGAAAGCCACAAAAGACGUCUUUACAAGAAAAGCCGAACCGUUCAGGGUGGUCUCAAGACAGUCUGCACCAUGAUGGGAAACAGCUUAGAAAGGCGUCGGAAGGAACGCCAUCAGCUUCGUCAUUGUCUGCGGUGGCGAAACGUCGCCAAAGUUUGGAUGCAUUUUUUGACCAGGCCGGCAAGCAACAAUCAGCGAGCAACGACAUGAUGUCGAUGUUCUGUCUUAUGGAAGACGCAAAGAAAAGCGCCAAGACGAGUGCGAAGAACGUAAGGGGCAACAACACAUCGUCCGCGAAGAGCGAGAAUAUCAGCAACAGUUCCUGCGCGAUGAGCGUGAAGAGCGCAGAUGGAGCGAUGAAAACGAGUACCGCGCUCGCCAAGAACAAUUACAGAUGGCAAUCACGAUGA